UAAGCUCCGUCAAGCCUUUGCUUCAAUUUCCUCGCACGUACUUCCUCCUCUUUUCCCUCUCAUUCUCCAAGUACAGCAAAAAUUAAAAAAAAAUCUCAAAGGACAACAAUCAAGAAGAAAUGGGUUCUCUAGUGGGUCAUGUAGCUCCAGGUUUAGCCUUCUUUUUACUUGGGUUUUGGCAUCUCUUUAAUCACAUAAAGCUCCAUUCUGUCAACCCAAGUUCCUACACAUCCAUCCCAUGGUUCCCCACACCAAAAUCAAGGCACUUAGAGCUGUUCUUAAUCAUGAUAGCCACCUCCAUCUCCAUCUCCAUGGAGCUCUUCAUCGGCCCCGCUAGGCACCAGCCUUUCGAUCCAGACGGAACCAUCCCUUCAAAUCAUCUCCACAACUUCGAGCACUCUUCCAUAUCAAUGACUUUCUUUACAUACGCAGCUUUCGCUAUUCUCCUCGAUAAAGUUAGCCCUGCAGCCGCGUACAGCCUGACGCAAUUCAUCGCAGCAAUAGCCUUUGCCCAACAGCUCCUCCUCUUCCACUUUCACUCAGCCGAUCACAUGGGGAUCGAGGGUCAAUAUCACUUGCUUCUACAGAACGUUAUAUUUGUUUCUUUAACCACAACACUCAUGGGAAUCGGGUUUCCCAAGAGCUUCAUGGUCAGCUUCAUAAGGUCCAUCAGUAUUUUUUAUCAAGGUGUGUGGCUCAUUGUCAUGGGGUUUAUGAUCUGGACUCCAUCAAUGAUUUCAAAAGGCUGCUUCCUCCACUUUGAAGACGGUCACCAGGUCGUCAACUGCUCGAGCAACGAGGCACUGCACCGAGCUAAAUCAUUAGUGAAUAUUCUGUUCAGCUGGACCUUGAUAGCCAUCACUGUUUACUCGGUCGCUUUCUAUUUGGUUUUGGCUAAAUUGUAUGGAGAAAAAGUUGUGUAUUCAACGCUCAACAAGGAAGAGGAACUGGAAGUGAAAGUGAAAGAAGAAUCUGAUGAUUUUGAAUAUCAGAAGGGGCAAAAGGUUUUUGCAGUUAUGGACGUUGAAAGGUAGAGUGGACUAAAGAUCCAAGUUAAUCUAUGUCUGUAAGAGUGGACGU